AGUCGCACGGCCUAAUCGAGCCUUUCUUCCCCGUCUCUCCGAGGGUUUGGUGGCAAACGAGGGUUUGGUGCUACGAUCUUCUUCCGGUCGUCUGCGAGACCAAGGAGCGCAAGAAUCAAGUCAGAAAUGGUGGAUGCAUAUACAAUUCAGAUAAGUUCGAACUUAAUCAAUCAACUAGCCGGUGGUGAAAACAAAGUGAAGAAGAAAACCAAGAAACCCAAGGCAAGGGUCUCAGACGAACCACAUCAGCCUCAAAGCAAUGUGAAGCCAGCUCCUGGCACACAGAAGAGCAGCCCAAGUGGGGCAUGGCCGCCGCUUCAGCCUCCUGUGUUCUUCGCAGCACCCCCUCCACCCCCAGUUGUGAUCUCAGAGUUGGAAGCUAUCCGUUCAGUCCUAGAGGAGAGUGAAAGAAGAGUGGAGAAACUGGAAAAGCAGGGAGAUAAGAUGAUUCAGGAGCUGACUCAGAGAGCAAAGGAGCUGCGGGACAAGGAGUUCAAGCUGCCCUAUCAAAAUCCCACCCCCUGUACAGCUGAGAGAGAGGCUUGCCUAAACUGUUACAAGGAACAUGAGACAGAUCCUCUGAAAUGUGCCCGAGUGGUGAAAAUCUUUGCCCGCUGUGCUCGUCAGGCAAGACUCCAUGGCCAAUUUAACAGUACAAAAGAAUAGGAUGGAAUUUUAAAGCUUAAUGAGAAAUGUGUGCCAUGGGGUCUUUGUGGUUCCUUCAGUAUAAUGUGUCUUAAGAUUCAAUAAUCAGGACCAAACAACCAAGUUGCUAUUCGCACGUCCCCAUUUAUCUGAUACGCUUUUCCAUUCUGCAUUCGUUUGGGGACCUCCGAGUGUGUGUACAACUUGAGAUAUGCAAUGCCUGCUUUGCAUUUUAUUCUUCUGCUGAAAAUUUUUGGCAAAAUCGUGGAUGUAAAGAGACUUUUGUUCCAAACAUACUUCUUAACGCUUUUGUCUUCUGGCUA